AUGUCAGAUAUUACAUCUAAUUCGUCCCUGAAAAAGGAUCUUACAAACGGUGAAACAGUGAAGGUGUCAAUCACAUCUGCUAAGGAGAAGAAAGGUCUUUUUGUAAGAUUUGUUGAUUCUUUCAAGAGAGAUGACACUUCUAUAAAUGCUGAAAGUAAAGAAAAUGACGAUCCAGAAUCUGGUGUUACGUCAAAGAUGAAGAAGACUAUUAAGUCUCGUCAUUUAUUGAUGAUUUCUCUUGGAACUGGUAUCGGUACUGGUCUACUUGUUGGUAAUGGACGUGCAUUAGCUAAAGCUGGUCCAGCGGGUUUGAUGAUUGGUUACAUCGUUGCCUCUGCUAUGUUGUACUGUAUUAUCCAGGCAGCUGGUGAAUUGGGUAUCUGUUACUCAGGUCUUGCUGGUAACUACACUGCCUAUUCUUCCUUCCUAGUGGAUCCUGCUUUAGGUUUUUCUGUAUCUUGGGUUUACUGUAUUCAGUGGAUGACAGUUUUCCCAUUGCAGUUGGUCACCACAUCUAUGAUCAUUCAAUACUGGACGGAUAUCAAUCCCGAUAUCUUUGUCGCAAUUUUCUAUGUUGUCAUUGUCUUCAUUAACUUGUUCGGUGCUGCAGGUUAUGCUGAAGCAGAGUUUGCCUUCAAUACAUGCAAAGUAUUGAUGAUUAUCGGAUUUGUUAUCCUUGGUAUAAUUAUUAAUGUCGGAGGAGCUGGUACCACUGGCUAUAUAGGUACUACCUAUUGGAAGAACCCAGGUGGAUUUGCUAAUGGCUUUAAAGGUGUUUGCUACGUUUUCUGUUUUGCCGCGUUCGCAUACGGUGGUAUUGAAGUCAUGGUGCUAUCAGCAUCUGAACAAAAAAACCCAAGAAAGUCCAUUCCAAGUGCAUGUAAGAAGGUUAUCUACCGUAUCUUAUUCAUUUAUUUGUUCACUACUGUUCUUGUGUGUUUCUUGGUUCCAUACGAUGCACCAGAACUAACUGCUACCGGCACUCAAUCCAGUGCUUCCCCAUUCGUUCUUGCUGUUGCCUCACACGGUAUUGGAGUUGUCCCACAUAUUAUUAACUCAGUUAUUUUAGUAGCUGUUAUGUCUGUUGCAAACUCUUCCAUGUACUCGGCUCCAAGAUUGUUAUUAUCAUUAGCCGAGCAAGGAUACGCUCCAAAAAUGUUCAAAUAUGUUGAUAGAGAAGGUAGACCAUUAUUGUGUUUCAUUGUUGCAAUGAUUGUUGGUCUGCUAGCAUUCGUUGCUGCAUCUGAUGCUCAAGAUUCUAUCUUUACGUGGUUAUUAGCCAUCUCUGGGUUAUCUCAAAUGUUCAUCUGGAUGUCUAUUUGUCUCUCACACAUUAGAUUCCGUGAUGCAAUGAAGGCCCAAGGAAGAUCUCUAGGUGAAGUAGGCUACAAGUCUCAAACUGGUUACUGGGGUUCUUGGAUUGCAGUGAUCCUGGCUUCUCUCAUUUUGGUCGCCCAAUUCUGGGUAUCUCUUUCUCCUGUGGGUGAAGAUGGAAAACUGAAUGCUAACGCCUUUUUCCAAAGUUAUUUAGCAGCUCCAAUUUUGGUGGUGCUAUAUUUCGGUUACAAAAUUUAUCACAAGGACUGGAAACUCGUCAUUCCAGCCAAUGAAGUUGAUUUGAUCUCGCAUAGAAAGAUUUUCGAUGAAAAAGAGUUACAGGAGGAGGACCGCGAGUGGCAACUUAAAAUGAAGGAUGCUUCUAUAUGGGUCAAGAUGUACCAUUUCUGGUGCUAA